AUGUCUCUGCUUCGCUCACUUGCUCAGCGACACCUGCUUGCAACGCGCCUGGGACGCUCACAACAGCUGAAUGCCCUAACGACGACAACUUCUCCAAGAUUGUCCUCAAUAGCGCCAGUAACCCAGCACCGACAGUAUGCGACCAAAGGCAAAGGCAAAGCCAAGUCAACGCAGAACAUAGUCCCGGGUUCCAAACAAAAAAUCACGGACGAAGCUGCCCAACAGGAGUAUGCCAAAGCCGAAACGACUAUGAAGAACGCAGUCGACUGGUUCAAGAAGGAAUGCGCUGGCUAUGAAACCCGUGCCAGCGGUCGCAUCACACCCGCCAUCCUCUCACCCGUUCGUGUCAAGUUGGGAAGCGACCCCAAGGAUUACCGACUGGAGGAACUGGCCACGGUUGGCGUGCGAGAGGGUAGCACCCUGCUCAUUACACUAUUCGAUGAACAUAACAUGAAACACAUUGAAUCUGCUCUUCACACAUGCGGCAUCCCAGGCGUCGUGCCCCACAGACAAGACAACAGAACCAUCAAAGUCCCUAUUCCCAAACCCACCGUAGAGUCCCGGCUCAGCUUGUACGCGGCCGCUAAGAAGAAAGCCGAGGAGAUUCGUGUACAAGUCCGCAGACAACACUCCACGAGUCUCAAGCGAGGCAAAUUCGAAAAGCAUUCUAUUGAGAUCGAAGAGUUCCAGAAGCUCACUGAUCGAUAUAUUGGUGAAGUGGACAAGAUCCUUAAAGACCUCCAAAAGGCUACAGGUGGCAAGUAGACCCUACCACAGGCGAGGCGCUGUCGAGCUCUUAACGCGUCGAUCACCUCCCCCAUUUCGCAAGCCAUACUCGGAGUAGAGGACAAAACGACCGAAAGCGACUACCGUUGUCCAUUCAUACAUACAAAUCACACUAGACAAGAUAUCAAAGUCAACAUACAAUAC